AUGACUGUAAGAACCACAGUAGCAAUGAUUUUUCACUGGGUGCCGUCCGUUUACAACACCGAGCAGAAACGUGCGUACGCCAUGUCUGGAGCUGCUGUGUCAAUGUACGUAGUAUUACGGAAAGUUUAAUUUUUAUACAUUUCGACAUGAGUGUGGAAACAGAUAUACGCAACGUUUUUGUGCGUACGCACCGUUUAUACAUGUGGCUCCUGGUCCCUAGUUCUGAGGCACCUAUGUGAUAGUAUGGGGUGGGAGGUCCCUAGAUGUGGUCGAAUUUUAUUUCGGAGUUCCUGGUUCAAAAGAGUCAGAAAUCACCUUAUUUCAUGCUCUCUGAAACACCCAUAUUUCUUAAACAAGUCAUAUGUGGAUUGUUUUUCAGAGCUCUGUUCGCCAGUGGCUGGAACGUGAAGGGGAAAGAUGAGUACAUCAUCCCAGGCAUUUCCCCAGAAGCCAUGAAGCUGGUCAUUGACUACGCCUACACGCACUCCGUGCUUGUCACGGCCGACAACGUGGAGAGCCUCCUGGCGGCUGCUGAUCAGUUGAAUAUCCCAAGCAUCAUGGAGCACUGCAACAACUUCCUGCAGGACCAGCUCUGCCGUGACAACUGUGUUGGAAUUUUUAUAAUCGCCGACGUCUACCACCUCAGCGAGCUGCGGGAGUCUGCAUUCUUCUUCAUGGUGAAGAAUUUCAAACAAGUGGCCAGCUCCUCAGAGGAGUUCCUACAGCUCACUGUAGAGCACCUUAGUAGUCUUAUUGAAAAGGAUGAGCUGAACGUUAGCCAGGAGGAGGUGGUGUUUGACGCCAUUCUCCGAUGGAUUGCGCAUGAGCCUUCCAGCCGCAACUGCCACAUUGCUGUGCUGUUGCCCAAGGUCCGGCUGGCUCGAUUGAAUGAAGAGUACUUAAUGAAGACUGUGAUUAAAAAUGAUCUUGUAAAGGCCAGUAAGGAGUGCAGGCGCAUUGUUAGCGACGCCUUGAAGGCCGUGUAUGACUUGGACAUCACCGGUCCACCAGGGUCUGACUUUGAGAACCCGCUGACCCGGCCACGCCUGCCAUCGGAAAUUUUGUUGGCCAUUGGUGGCUGGACUGAAAGCCCAGCCAGUCAAGUCACAGCUUAUGACACCCGAGCCGAUCGCUGGGCAGAUGUGGCACUGGAGCACGAGAGCCCCCUCUCCUACCAUGGGUCUGUUUAUUUAGAUGGAUUUGUUUAUUGCAUUGGGGGGACUGACGGAUUAGUCUGCUCCAACAGCGUGCGGAGGUUCAACCCCUUUACGCGGACAUGGGACCAGGUGGCCCCAAUGCAGACACGCCGCUGUUAUGUGAGCGUGGCUGUGGCCGAUGGCUAUAUUUACGCCUUUGGCGGCUUUGAUGGCCUCACGCGCCUCAACACAGCAGAGAGGUACGACCCGGCAUCAAAUAGCUGGACCUUCAUCCAGCCCAUGCAGGAGCGGAGGAGCGACGCCAGUGCCACCACACUGCACGGCAAGAUAUACGUCUGUGGUGGCUACAACGGUAAUACGACCGUUCAAACCGCCGAGUGCUACGACCCGGUCACUGAGCAAUGGACCACAAUAGCCCCAAUGAGAACUCCCCGGCAUGGUGUUGGAGUAAUUUCCUUCAAGGAUAAAGUCUAUGCAGUAGGGGGUACAUUCCAGUACCGGCAUUUAAGGAGCGUGGAGGCCUACGACCCGGUCACUAACCGCUGGCAAGCUGUGAAGCCCAUGCAUAACACGAGGAGUAAUUUUGGUAUUGAAGUGAUCGAUGACCUGCUGUUUGUCGUGGGCGGCUACACUGGGUCCAGAACCACGAAAGUGGAAUGUUUUGAUGCUGAGACAGGGACCUGGUACGCCGCCCAGGACAUGUGCUGCUCCCGAAGCAGUCUAAGCUGCUGUGUAGUGCCUGCACUCCCCAGUAUGGUGGAGUAAGCUGCCCCUCCCAAGCCUCUGAUUUCCACGCAGGAGAUGAAGCCAUCCACCUCCAGGAACGUGUAACCUCAAGGGUUGGGUACCAAACUCAGUAAAAAUCUGGGGUGCGUUUCGCAAACAACGACGGAAGUUAACAUUCACGAUGCAUCGUACUAUGGUAGUUCAAACUAUCCAACAUCCAAAGUUUGAACCAUGUUAGUUAGUUGGGACUACCCUUGUCCGAACUACAGUGAUUCCAGCGCUGAUUGGUCAGCAAAAACUAACAAACUUUAUAGUAUCAAUGGUCUAACUUCCUGAGAAUUCUCCAUAUUGCUCACUACAGACAGGUACCGUACGUAUGACCAGAAACCAACACAACAAAUAUGUUUCAAACUACAUUUUCAGACAACUUCACAUUAUAUGUGAUUGUAGAGCUAAAUUAUUCCUUAUUAGAUGUUAAAAAUUUUUACAUUUCUGGCUUACACGGUGACUAUACCCUUAUUAGACUGCAUUUUCCACCAUGGCUGACGUAUUUACCCGGAACUACGCAACUUAACGACAGUGUUUGCGAACGUUCGUUUGAACUAUGGUUUCGGGAAACACCUGCAUAAUUUAACGAUGCAUCGUACUACAUAAGUCCGCAGUGUCGUUACCUGCGUAGUUCGAGCUAUGGUUUCGGGAAACACCUGAGUCGUACUUCCAUAGUUUGAACCACGCAAGUUGCUAACAUAGUUAGCAACUAUGGUUUUGGGAAACGCACCCCAAUACCAUUGGAUACUGGCACCGGUUCAAAUGUGAAUGGUACCCAACCCUAGUAACCUCAAGUAAAUGUCAAACUUUGCAUGAGCUCAACGUAUGCUUUCUGAACCACUCAUAUUUUAUCCUUGCUGUUAAAAUCAUUCCCAAAUGAUUUUAUGAGAUAUGUAAACUCCAUUUUUGCUGUAGAAAUUUUGCAAUGUUUAUUACAAAAUCAUAUUGUGAUAUUUGAAAUUUUUCCCAUAUCAU